UUAUAGUUUUCCUGACUUAAAGACAACUUCAAGUAGUAGUUUAAAAACGAACGUCUUAGAAACCGUAACAAGAAAAUAUGAUAAAACCAUUAUCAGAGGAAUUACAAAAAGUUGCAGAAACUGAAUUAUCAGAAGUACCAAAAAGAAUACCCGAUGAUUUGUUAGCUUUGAAAACUUGGCUGCAACAGCAACCACAUUUAAAAGCCCGUCAAGAUGAUCAGUUUUUAAUACAAUACCUGCGUGGCUGUAAAUACAGUUUAGAAAAGGCGAAAACCAAAUUGGAUCUGUUUUUUACCUUGAAGACAAAAUUUUCGGAAUUUUUAAAUGUCACCAAUGUACAUGAUCCCAGCUUUAGGAAAAUGUAUAAUUAUGGACUUUGCGGACCUUUACCCAGGCCAUUGAACGAUAAUGGUGCUCGCAUUUAUUAUACCAAAUAUGAGGGUGAUGUCGCUAAGGGUCUAGUUGAUUUCGAUGAACUUUAUCGUGUUACAAAUGCUAUGCAUGAAAUUGUUAUUAUGGAUGAUCCUUAUGCCUGUAUAAAUGGUAAUAUUUAUAUAAUGGAUUUGAAAGGUAUCACCUUAAAUGCGGCUUCAAAAUAUACUCCAAUAUUUUUACGUAAACUUAUACAAUUUUAUGAGAAAUCUUUACCUUUACGUAUUAAGGGUGUUCACUUUAUAAAUACGCCGGGAUUUUUCCAUAGUGUUUUAAAUAUUGUGAUGCCGCUGUUGUCGGAGAAACUGAGACAAAGGAUUUCCGUAAACGGUCAAAACUAUGAAAGUUUAUAUAAAAUAGUACCCAAGAAAUACUUGCCCCAGCACUUGGGCGGUGAAAAUGGUUCAAUGGAUGAAAUUUUCAAAGAAUUUGAUAAAAAAUGGUUGGAAUAUGAGCAUUAUUUUAAGGACAAUAUCAACUAUGGAACCAAUGAAAAAUUACGUCCUGGUAAACCAAUCGAUUUUGACAGUAUGAUUGGUAUGGGUGGCUCAUUCCGUAAAUUAGAUAAUAUGUUACAAAUAAAAUCUUUACCGCCUGAAUUGCAAAAGGUGGCAGAAACUGAAUUGGGUGAACUAACCCGUAGAAUACCAGAUGAUUUACAAAUCCUUAAAACUUGGAUUGAACAACAGCCACAUUUGAAAGCUCGCUUAGAUGACCAGUUUUUAAUUCAAUUUUUGCGUGGCUGCAAGUAUAGUUUGGAAAGGGCUAAAAACAAAUUGGAUCUUUUCUUCACUUUGAAAUCAAAAUUUCCCGAUUUCUUUAAUAUAACUGAUAUAAAUGAACCUAGUUUCAGGAAAAUGUAUAGUUAUGGUCUGGGUAUUCCUUUGCCACGCCCCCUUAACGAUUCAGGUCCUCGGAUAUUUUUUAUGAAAUUUGAAGGUGAUGUAGCCAAAGGUCUGGUCGAUUUUGAUGAACUUUAUCGUCCUACAAAUGCUAUGCAUGAAAUUUUAAUUAUGGAUGAUCCUUAUGCCUGUAUAAAUGGCAUUAUAUAUAUUAUGGAUUUGAGAGAUAUUACCAUAAAUAUGGCAGCCAAAUAUACCCCUUCAUUUCUGCUUAAAGUUGUGCAAUUUUAUGAGAAAUCUUCACCUCUACGUAUUAAGGGAGCACACUUAAUAAAUACCCCGACAUUUUUUCACAGUGUUUUAAGUCUUGUGAUGCCGUUAUUUUCCGAAAAACUAAGAGAAAGGAUAUCUAUUAAUGGUCAAAAUUACGAGAAUUUAUAUAAAAUAAUACCCCAAGAAUAUUUCCCCUCGCAUCUGGGUGGUAAGAAUGGUUCAAUUGCUGAUCUUUUUAAUGAUUUCGAACAUAAAUGGACAGAAUAUGAGAAUUACUUUAAAGAAAAUAUCAACUAUGGCACCAAUGAACAAUUGAGACCUGGUAAACCUCUCGAUUUUGGAAGUAUGUUCGGUAUGGGUGGUUCAUUUCGUAAAUUGGAUAAAACAGACAUGUCCACCGUUAGACCUCUGACCGAGAAAUUACAAAAAAUUGCUUGUCAGGAACUGAAUGAACAACCGGAAAGGCUACAGCAAGAUUUAGCAAAAUUUAAAGAAUGGAUUGAAAAACAGCCACACUUGAAAGCUAGAACUGAUGAUCAGUUUUUAAUCAGUUUCCUAAGAGGCUGUAAACACAGUUUGGAAAAGGCUAAAAUAAAAAUCGAUCGUUUUUAUACGUUAAAAACCAAAUAUCCCGAUUUUUAUACCAUACAUAAUAUGGAGAAAACAAAAAUUAGAGAACUUGUUGAAUUGGGUAUUGGUCUAUCAUUGCCCAUACCUUUGAAUGGCACUGGUCCUCGUAUACUCUACAUACGUACCGGUCACUAUCCCACCGAUAAGUUUUCAUUUGCUGAUGUUAUGUGUGUUGCAAAUGCUCUGCAGGAGUUGUGCAUGCUUGAAGAUGACUAUUGUGUAGUUUGUGGUUAUGUUCAAGUAUUGGAUAUGUCUGAGUAUAGCGCGGCCCAUAUGCUACAAAUGACUCCAACUGUGGUUAAGAAAAUGUCUACAUUUGCUGAAGAUGCAAUACCUUUGCGCAUCAAUAUGCCAUCAAGUUAUGAAAAGGUUUUUAAUAUGUUGAAGCCUUUGAUGCCGUUGAAACAGCAAGAGAGGAUGUUCGCUCAUGGAAGCAAUUUAUCAUCUUUAUACGAACACAUUCCUCAAAAAUAUUUACCCCAAGAAUUGGGUGGUGAAAAUGGUUCUAUAGAGGAAUUAACCAAGGAGAUAAAGGAAAAUUUUAGCAAACAACAAGAUUAUUUCCUAGAUGAUCACAACUACAGAGUAGAAGAAAAACUACGUGUGGACAAGAUCAUCAAUUACGAUGAUGUCUUUGGUAUAGAUGGAACAUUUCGUAAAUUAAAUGUAGAUUAAAACAAGUAAUAUUUCUAUAUUCGGCUGUGCCGAAUCUUAUUUACCCUUCACCAAGUAUGUUUAAAAAAAAACAGUUUUUAUUUAUUUUGUAUCUCUGCACACAUGUCACACAUAAC